UUUUCACAGGUAAAUAAACAAUAAUUAAAUGAUCAGUCGAUCCCUCAAACAGACGCGGGUCGUCAUCUUUAACGGUUAACGCGAUCGUUUCGGUUCUGAUGUCGUCCUCGUGUCACGGAGGAAGGUAAUCCACUGACUCCCGGUCAGUUCUCGAGGGCUCCCGUGUUUCACGCCGGGACUGGACCAAGAGAGAGGUGGAGUCUUUGGGCUUUGAGCUCUAACUCACCCCAUGCCAAUCCCCCUCUCCACACUUUCUGCCUCCUUUCUCGCACCGUACUCGGACGGGAUACACAGCCGCGCAAUGGAGUCGGAAGGCAGCCAAAGUAACCUGUCCUCCUCGGACUCGCCGCACGACCCCUGUAAAAUGUUCAUCGGUGGUCUGAGCUGGCAGACUACGCAAGAGGGUUUGAAGGACUACUUCUGCAAGUUUGGUGAAGUGAAAGAGAGUAUGGUGAUGAGAGAUCCGGUUACAAAACGCUCGAGGGGUUUCGGAUUUGUCACGUUUGUUGACCAAGCUGGUGUGGACAAAGUCCUGGCCCAGUCCAGACAUGAGCUGGACUCGAAAACCAUUGACCCGAAAGUUGCCUUCCCGCGACGAGCCCAGCCUAAGUUGGUGACUCGGACAAAGAAAAUCUUUGUUGGAGGCCUGUCGGUGAACACUACUAUUGAAGAUGUAAAGCAGUACUUCGACCAGUUCGGAAAGGUAAGUCGUCUUUCUGUAAAACAAUCGAAGGGGGUAGCAGGGUGAUGAAAUAAAAUGAUAAGCCAUGAGAGGUUCGGAUUUGUGACCUUUGAGAAUGAAGACGUGGUGGAGAAAGUCUGCGAGAUCCACUUCCACGAAAUCAACAACAAGAUGGUGGAGUGUAAGAAGGCCCAGCCCAAGGAAGUGAUGUCGCCCACAGGCUCUUCAAGAGGUCGUGCUCGUGUCAUGCCCUAUGGGAUGGACGCCUUUAUGCUCGGCAUAGGAAUGCUGGGUUACCCAGGGUUCCAGGCAGCAACAUAUGCUGGUCGCAGCUAUACUAGUCUCACACCAGGAUACACGUAUCAGUUCCCCGAAUUCCACUUAGAGAGGACCCCCCUUCUGACAUCACCCCACCCCCCUGAGCUCACAGCCAUUCCUCUGACGGCGUACAACCCCAUGGCGGCAGCCGCAGCAGCAGCAGCUGUGGUCAGAGGCUCAACUCCUUCUCGCUCAGCUGGGUUUUUAGGUACCAGCAGCCCUGGGCCGAUGGCAGACCUGUACGGGACGGCCAAUCAGGACUCAGCCGUCAGUAGCUACAUCAGCGCUGCAAGCCCCGCCCCCAGCACCGGAUUCAGCCACAGCCUCGGGGGCCCUCUGAUUGCCACAGCAUUUACUAACGGCUACCAUUGAAAUGAGUGAGAGGUACAAUAGUAUUCACGGUUCUGACGUCUUCCCUACAUCUUAAGGAAGGGUUUUUGAAGUACGUGGUGAUUUCAAUCGAAUAUAACGGAUGCACUCUACGUGCCGCAGGGUUUUGUUAUUUUCUCAAGCGCUCUGUUUUUGAAUGGUUUUAGAUGAAUCGACCCUAAACUGCUGGAAUGUCGGCUGCAACACUAUUAAUGUGAUGUGACAUAUUUCCUGUUUUAUGAAUUACUGUCACAUCGGUCUUUAAACUAACCUCCUGCUCCUCUUAUAUAGAGCUAAACCUGUAAAUAACUAGUUCAUUUCUCGGUUUAAAACGCUAACAACUUAAGUGUAUUUUUGUCUUAGUUUUAUUUUUCUCUCUCAGUUCUUGUUCAAAGUUUUGUCCUUUUUUUUUUGCGACGGCAUUAUGUACAUGUAGGUUUGUAACUCUAGAAAAGCGUUUUCAUUUUAAAAGCAUAAGAGCAAUAAUAUGUGUCAAAACCAUUUGGAUCUUUGUAGCGUAUUUCAGACACAUUUGGUACAUUUUCUACUGAAGAAUAUAGUGCGACGGGAUGUCGAAAUGUAUAUUUUGUUAGUUUUGCAACUGGAUUCAUCGCAUUGAUCGUGAAAAUAGCGGUAAUUAUAAGGAGAACAUAUUUCUCAGACUUAGAUUCAACCUUGUUUGUGUAAAAUAUUGUACAUACUAUCUUUUUGAUCUGGAGAGAUCUGUCAGCAUGAUUAAGAGAGAUUUUUACACUCAAGAACGCAAACACGUGAUAUUCUGUGUGUCCAAAAAUGCUUUUGUUUCAUGAUUUGAUGAACUUGAACUUUUUUUUUUUUUUUUUUUUUUUUUUUUUUUUGGUGACAGAAGGAAAUGUGAAUGAUGCUACUGUUGAGUGAGUGUGUGUGUGUGUGUGUGUGUGCGUGUGUGUGUGCGUGUGUGUGUGUGUGUGUUUGAGAGUGAAAGCAUGUCCGGUGCUGUCAUGAUCUAAUGUAUUAUCUUCAGUAAGAUGUUUUAAAAUGUGAAUUGUAACCCCUAUUUCCACGCUGUUAUGUUGCUUUUACCAAGUUUAUAUUCAUAACACGAUUCCUUUAAUCUCUUUUAGAGGUUUAAAGUGUUCAUUGGAAUAUAAAUACGCUUCAAUUAACUGAAGAUUCUGGUACCGGUGAGAAAAAAAAAAAAAGUAGCAACACUAAUAUAACACUUUUUACGAAGUAAACAGUAUGGCUGUUAUUAAUUGAAAGUUUUAAUGUUUCUCGUUUGAAGCUUGACCCUCUGAAAAAUGAAAUAAAAAAAAUUUCAAAGUCAA